AUGUCCUUCACAGCUUCAUCUCAGUGCAAUUCAAACACCUCGAUUGCUAUCGUUGGAAUAUCGGCGGAAUUUCCUAGUGGUACUCACUCCCAGGAGAAUUUGUCUCACAAGACAUUUUUCGACUUUCUUCUCGGAGGGAUGGAAGCGUACGAGCCCAUCCCUCCCUCUCAUUUUGACAGCUCUCGUCAUCCAGGACAACUGACGACCACCACCGGCGCGUUCUUGAAAGAUGUCCUUGCAUUCGACCAUCUCGAGUUCGGCAUCAGCAAUCGGGAUGCUCACGGAAUGUCUCUCAGCACCCGGAAACUUCUUGAGUCGAGUUUCCUCGCCUUACUGGACUCCGGAAUCCAUUACCGAGGUCAGAACGUGGCGUGUUAUACAGCUUCAAUUAUGGACACUGUAAUCGAUCCGGUAAGUUUUGCAUGGUCAGCGCUGAGUUUCGGUCAGUGCUCACCUCUACAUCGACCAAUGUGA